AUGACCGAGGUAGCAACUACACCUGAUAUUGUGAUAAAAGAACCAACCCCAACCGAUAUCGACGACUCAUUGGAAGAACAAGCACCAUUAGAGAAAACCUUAUCGAUGUUAGAUGUUGAAGAUGAAACUGAUCAAAAUACAAAAUUAAACGCAUUAUUAUAUCAUACAAGCGAAGAUUCAGUUGAAUUAUAUAAAUUACAAAAUAAUUCAUCUGAUUUAUUAGGUAGGCUUUAUUAUGAUGAUUAUGAUUCCGAGUCCAUUAUUUCCCCACUAUCAUCGGGACAAGUUACUCCACUAUCACCAGUUCCAUCAGGUACGAUGCCUUUGUCAAUACCGAGUUUAGAUUUGGUAUAUAUUACUAAUGCAGCUGCAUCAUCAAGAUCAUCAUCACAAACUAGAUUACCAAGUCAACAAUCCCGACCUGGAUUACCUCGAUUACAAUCAUUUGAACGAGGAAUAUCGUUUGAUAUUCCUGAUGUUAAAUCAAAAAAAUCAUUAAUUGUUAAAGUAAAACAUCCACAAUUCAAAUUUAGAAGAAAUAAUAAAACAUUUUUAGUAGGAUUUAAUGAUGAUUUUGAAUCUUCAAAAGCUAUUGAAUGGUUAUUUGAUGAAAUGGUUAUUCAUGGAGAUACUGUUGUUAUAUUUCAAGUUUUAAAUGAAAAAUAUCAUCAAGAAAUUGAUAAAGUAAAAGCUAACUUAAAUUUAGAAAAUUUUGAACAAUUAAAUUGUCAUAAUAAGAAAGUUUCUAUAAUAUUUGAAACUGUAAUUGGUAAAGCUCAAAAGAAAUUGAAAAAGGCAAUUGAUGAAUAUUCACCUUCUGUAAUGAUUAUUGGUACUCAUGAAGGUAAUAAGGAUCAUCAUCAUCGUACAAUAUUAAAAUCUUCAUUAUCAAAACAUUUCUUAGAAUGUGCAUUAGUUCCAGUUAUUGUUGUUAAACCUUCUUAUACUUAUAUUGAAGAAUUAAAAGCACCAAUUGAUUCAGAAUUAUAUUUUCAAAAUUGGAUGAAGAAUAUUAGCGAACAAUGUUAUAAUCAUUUAUCAGAACAACAACAUCAUCAUCGUAAAGGAAUAAGUCGAAUUUUAAGUCCUUCACCUUCAAGAUCAUCUUCAUAUAAAGAUUUAGUAAGUGAAGAAAGAGGUAGAAAACAACAUGAUACGCCUUCUUCUUCGUUGGCAAUACGAUCACCAUCACGUGAAGGUAGAUCAAGAUCAACUUCAAAAUCAAGAGGAUUUGCCAGUUUUUUUAUGGGACAUUAA